CACACACACACACACACACACACACGUCACAGGCAACCGUGACGUAAUCCUGGGAAUCAGACGAUGGUGAUUCACGCGUAAAAGGCAGGGAGUGACUCCUGUGUUAUCUUUCGUACCUGCAUAUUAUCAACGGCAUUGACUGUGAUAAAGAUUUGUUUCUUUUCUUGAAGGGAAUUCGUGAGAUAUAAUUGAGUGAAAAUGAGUGGCCAUAAAACCUUCAGUCUCCUCGGCAAGAAGCCAACAGCAGAAGCACAAAUGAAAGCAAACAAAAGGCAGUUAAAUCAAGCUGGGAGGGACGUGCAGCGGAAUCGGCGGGACCUAGAAAAGCAAGAGAAACAGCUUGAGAUGGAGAUUAAGAAGUUAGCAAAAACACCAGCCAAAAACAAGGAGGCAUUAGGUGUGUUAGCCAAACAGUUAAUUCAAGUAAGGAAGCAGAAGGCUAGAACAUACACAGCAGAUAGCAGGAUAAAGGGAGUGCAGGCACAACAAACCUCAAUGCAAUCUAACGUGAAGCUAGCCAAUGCCAUGGGUGCCACUACUGCAACCAUGAAGAACAUGAAUCAGCUUGUAAAUCCUCAAGAUCUUUCUAAAAAAUUAAGAGACUUCGAACAAGCUUCAGCCAAGUUUGAAAUGACAGAAGAGCUAAUGGACUCAGCACUGGACGACAUCUUGACGGAGAGUGGUGACGAAGAAGAAGCCGACGACAUUGUGAACCAGGUUUUGGAUGAAAUUGGCAUUGAAAUUGGAGCGAAGGUUGCCGGUCUACCUGCAACGCAUGCAAAUUCCUUAGGUGAGAGAAGUGCAAACAAGAAAACAGAGGACAAGGAACUAGAAGAGGCCUUAGCCUGCCUUCGAACUAGUAAUUAAGAAUUGUGAGUGAAAAAAUAACUUGAAUUUCACUUUAUGAACAUAUAGGUACUUAAAUUUUGAGUGGAAUGGUAAAUUUGGAUGAAAGAAUUUAUAUCUAAGAAUAAAGGCACAGGGAGGAAACAUAUUUAAAUCUCAUUGAUCCUCCUUAGAUUUAUUAUUAUAUCGAGAGGAGCAAGUGAAAGAGCGAUACAAAGGAAUAGCAGAAAAGAGAGGAGAGGAAAAUCAAAAGAAAAGAGUGAGGGCAUAGGAAAGUAUGGAAGCAUAAGAAAGAAUACAGGAGAGGAAAGUAGAUGACUGUAAAUCAAGGCAUGGUGUCCUACACAUAUAGCUAAUCGCGCUCAUGGAUAAGCUCAGAAGCAAUUGCAUUAAUAUUAAGAAUUUAGACAAUUUAUUUGUAUCACAUGGCCAUGCAUGCCAGCAGCUGUGCUUCAUUGUGCCUACAUGAUGCUUGCAUACAUUUAUAUGUGCAUGUUUGUGUAUGGGUAGGUGGAGGUGGUAAAUGAUGGACUGCUAAGUACUGUGGAUGAUGAUAGCUUUUAGGUGUCCAGGAAGUUGACUGCAGAGCAUUAAAGUGGAAAUCAAGAUGAUGGGCUCUAGGCUGGUGAAACAAUGGCCAAUGUCCCAGUAGUACAGAUCAAGCAAGAAUCAUUAUCUUGGCUCAUUGUAAAGAAGGAUUUGAAGGUACAGUGGUAAAAGGAUGGGUAGCUAGAUAAAUAAAGGUUUAUUUUCAUAAGCCUCGGUUUAAAUCCGCCUUAAGACUAGAUUAGAAGCAGUGAGAUGCAGGUCAAUGGCAAACUGGACUUCUUUUUUUUUUUUUUACUAAUUUUCUUACAUUAAAAGAUUCUUAUUCAGAACUUCUUUGCUGAUUACACUUUUAUAAGCAGGACACAACAUAUUUUUAAACACGAAAGAAUCUGUGAUUUUUGCUUGUUUGUUUGCCCUCCUUUGUCCUAGUUCCUUUUAAUUAGAUUGAAAUUUAUUUUGAAUAUUAUAGUCUUUGGACAAGCAGAAAAUUACCAGAUGCCAUAAUUUCUUGUCUAUGUCUAAUAUAUGUGAAUUUUUGUACAUACUAAUAAACGUAAGACUUAGUGGGCUUGUAUCUUAUUCCCACAAUUAUUUGGUAAUCCACGCUUCUUUUUUACUUCCUUUAUCCUUUUCCAUUUUCCCUGUGUCAGUCCACCUCAUAUACAGUCCAACUCCCUUUGUACUGGAAGUAUACCCUAGAGGAGAAAUUUUCUCUCAUCCUGCUCCCAGUACCUAAAGCCAAAUAAAUGUUCUAUUAGGUAGUAUGUAAUUAUUUGCAGUAACAUAUGGGUGUUCUCAUAUAAGAUCACAGACACCCUUUUUUGUUUUGUAGUUGUGUGAUAUGCAGUUAUUAGGUUACAUCUGGCUUCAAACACUCACAAAAACUUGUGAGCUGGAUUUAUUAACUUAACAUUGCAAGUGUCAUGUUACUUCAUACUUAGGAUGUUUUACAACUUUGUAGUAUACUCACAUAUAACUGUGUGUUCUUUUGUUUUGUUUUUUAUAGGAUUUUGGUUUUAUAUGUAAGUAUAUAAUUUACUUUUAGUAGAGCUUGAGUUGUAUUAUUCUAUUUGGUCUGUGUAUUUAUGUUACUCUAUUUGCGAUAUCCAGUUUGCCUGCAAAGUAAGAAGGGCGGCCAUUAUACCUUAGCUGGCUCAGGUUUGCAUUAUAGCCAUGAUCAAAAUAUUAUGGUAUUCUGUAUAUAUAUGCACAAGUGCCUUGAUUUGCAUUAUCUGUUACUAUAACAAUACAAAGAUGUAUAAAGGGACAAGAGGGAUUUACUUAACAUAUUAGAUUUUGUAGUUUUAUUUUUUUUCCAUAUAGGCAAAUAAUCUAAUGCCUUCUGUGUGUUGCUUUGAUCUGGCUUUGUAUUGUUUCACAUGUAUAAUUCCCCUGUGAACAUGGGUGGUACUGAUCCUUUUUCAAUCAGUUUUUCUCUCUAUGCUGUACUUAAUACUGGAUCUACCAGUUAAAAGAGCAGCUGCAGAAUGUUCUCAGCAACUUUACUAUCUCAAAUUUGCAUGCCCUCCUGAAUGAACUUUAAUAUCAAGAAAGUUAUUUGGAAAUCAGGACAAUGUAUUUAACUUUCUUGCAGGACAUAACUUUUCCUAAUCUGUAAGGCUUGUGGUGUUGAACCCAAUUUUUCCAUAUUCUGUUUUAAAAUAUGUGUUGUUCCAUACUGGUUUGUGAUAAAAUGACCCAAGCUAGGGGUAUUAAGGUAUGGACCAGCAUUAACUUGUAAAUGAGAUUCACAUGAAAUUAAAAAAAAAAAAAUUGACAAAAGGCCGUGAAAGUAUCUGGCAUGUGGACUUUUCCCACUGAUAUUGCUAUAAUCUUGUUCAAAAUGUCCCAUGUAACAAAAGAGGAUUGAUUUUUUUUAAUUGGCAUAUUUCCGUCCGUAAUGGUGAUUUAUUAUUUUGGGAGGGGACAGGGAACAUUAUUUUUCUGAUGAUAUUUUUGCCACUUACUCAUAGGCAAAUGUUCUUUCUCCUUGCAAAGCUUCUCAUUAAGGAAAUAUAUUUCAUGGUUCAGGGAAUUAGAAGCCUUUUCUUGAAGAUUUUUAUAUACCAUAUCUCUCCAUAAAGCUUAAGUUCCUGUUGUAAGGAGGAAAGAACAAUGUCCUCCCUGAGUGAAGAGGGAAAUAGAAAGUCAUUAUUGUGAGCUGUUACUUAUUAGAAACUGUUCAGGUUGUGUCAUGUGAUAAGGUAUUUAGGUGGCUUUACAUUUUUUUUAUGUGCUAAGGCAUGUUAUAAAUUAUGAUAUAUACUUCAUGGGAAGUGUGCCCUUUUAUGCUAAACUCUAUUUAUUAUUAUUGUCUUGGACUGUAUUGAAGCCCACAGCUACGCAAAGUCAGUCAACUAAUCAAGAUUUUAAUUGCUUUGAAAGCAUAAUGAAGAAGCUAGACUAGCAACUGUUUUUGUAUGGAAUACUUUAGACAUAAAACGUAAGUGAUGAUAAAGUAAUAUGUUUUAUUAUGAAAAUGUUAAAAUAAAUUGCUUGUUAAUAUCCAGCAUUAAAAUAUUAUUAAUGUU